UGGGGUCUCCUGUCCUCUGCCUGGGCCUUCACUCUUUGCAUCCCUCUCUGCUGCUGAUUUUGGUAGGGGACUAGGGCCAAUCUCUUGCCCAUCUGAGACCAGGGCUGAAAGACAGGCCCAGGGGAGUCCCAGGAGCUUCUCAGCCUAGUUAAUGACACCCUGUCCCUGUCUCCUGAGUACCUAGGAAAGGGGAUUGGGGGGAGGCGGAGUCAGAAGGGGCAGCUGCUCUCAGGUUCCACUUUUCCUGGUCUGUUUGUCUAUCUUUCUAUCUCUGCAGGAGCUGGGUCCCUUCUCAUCUCUCUUCUUGUCUGUCCUUUCCUGGUCCCUGAUUCCUCUGCUAUUUGCCUUUGCUGCUUCUAAUCUCAUCCCCUGGAGACCCAGGUCUGCUGGACCCAGUCAUCCCCUUUGGGGCCAUGGGAUCGCUGCUUGGGCUCCUGGCACUGCUGCUGCUGUGGGGCGCUGUGGCUGAGGGCCCAGCCAAGAAGGUGCUGACCAUGGAGGGAGACUUGGUGCUGGGUGGGCUGUUCCCAGUGCACCAGAAGGGUGGCCCGGCAGAGGACUGCGGUCCUGUCAAUGAGCACCGUGGCAUCCAGCGCCUGGAGGCCAUGCUUUUUGCACUGGACCGCAUCAACCGUGACCCACACCUGCUGCCUGGCGUGCGCCUGGGUGCGCAUAUCCUCGACAGUUGCUCCAAGGACACACACGCCCUGGAGCAGGCACUGGACUUUGUGCGUGCCUCACUUAGCCGUGGUGCCGAUGGCUCACGCCACAUCUGCCCUGAUGGCUCUUACGCCACCCAUGGUGAUGCUCCCACUGCCAUCACUGGUGUGAUUGGCGGCUCCUACAGUGAUGUCUCCAUCCAGGUGGCCAACCUCUUGCGGCUAUUUCAGAUCCCGCAGAUCAGCUACGCCUCCACCAGUGCCAAGCUGAGUGACAAGUCACGCUAUGACUACUUUGCCCGCACAGUGCCCCCUGAUUUCUUCCAAGCCAAGGCCAUGGCUGAGAUUCUCCGCUUCUUCAACUGGACCUAUGUGUCCACUGUGGCAUCUGAGGGCGACUAUGGCGAGACAGGCAUUGAGGCCUUUGAGCUAGAGGCUCGUGCCCGCAACAUCUGCGUGGCCACCUCGGAGAAAGUGGGCCGUGCCAUGAGCCGCGUGGCCUUUGAGGGCGUGGUGCGAGCCCUGUUGCAGAAGCCCAGUGCCCGCGUGGCUGUCCUGUUCACCCGUUCUGAGGAUGCCCGGGAGCUGCUUGCUGCCAGCCAGCGCCUCAACGCCAGCUUCACCUGGGUGGCCAGUGAUGGCUGGGGGGCCCUGGAGAGUGUGGUGGCCGGCAGUGAGAGGGCUGCCGAGGGUGCCAUCACCAUCGAGCUGGCCUCCUACCCCAUCAGUGACUUUGCCUCCUACUUCCAGAGCCUGGACCCUUGGAACAACAGCCGGAACCCCUGGUUCCGCGAAUUCUGGGAGCAGAGGUUCCGCUGCAGCUUCCGGCAGCGAGACUGUGCAGCCCACUCUCUACGGGCCGUGCCCUUUGAGCAGGAGUCCAAGAUCAUGUUUGUGGUCAAUGCAGUGUACGCCAUGGCCCAUGCGCUGCACAACAUGCACCGUGCCCUCUGCCCCAACACCACCCGGCUCUGUGACGCCAUGCGGCCAGUCAAUGGGCGCCGCCUCUACAAGGACUUUGUGCUCAACGUCAAGUUUGAUGCCCCCUUUCGUCCAGCUGACACCCACAAUGAGGUUCGCUUUGACCGCUUUGGUGAUGGUAUUGGCCGCUACAACAUCUUCACCUAUCUACGUGCAGGUGGUGGGCGCUAUCGCUACCAGAAGGUGGGCUACUGGGCAGAAGGCUUGACUCUGGACACCAGCCUCAUCCCAUGGGCCUCACCCUUAGCCGGCCCCCUGCCUGCCUCUCGCUGCAGUGAGCCCUGCCUCCGGAAUGAGGUGAAGAGUGUGCAGCCGGGCGAGGUCUGCUGCUGGCUCUGCAUCCCGUGCCAGCCCUAUGAGUACCGAUUAGACGAAUUCACCUGUGCCGAUUGUGGCCUAGGCUACUGGCCCAAUGCCAGCCUGACUGGCUGCUUUGAACUGCCCCAGGAGUACAUCCGCUGGGGCGAUGCCUGGGCCGUGGGUCCCGUCACCAUCGCCUGCCUGGGUGCCCUGGCCACCCUCUUUGUGUUGGGUGUCUUCGUGCGGCACAAUGCCACACCAGUGGUCAAGGCCUCGGGCCGGGAGCUCUGCUACAUCCUGCUGGGCGGUGUCUUCCUCUGCUACUGCAUGACCUUCGUCUUCAUUGCCAAGCCAUCCACGGCAGUGUGCACCUUACGGCGUCUUGGUUUGGGGACUGCCUUCUCUGUCUGCUACUCAGCUCUGCUCACCAAGACCAACCGCAUUGCACGCAUCUUUGGUGGGGCCCGGGAGGGUGCCCAGCGGCCACGCUUCAUCAGUCCUGCCUCACAGGUGGCCAUCUGCCUGGCGCUUAUCUCAGGCCAGCUGCUUAUUGUGGUCGCCUGGCUGGUGGUGGAGGCGCCGGGCACAGGCAAGGAGACUGCUCCCGAACGGCGGGAGGUGGUGACGCUGCGCUGCAACCACCGCGAUGCAAGUAUGCUGGGCUCUCUGGCCUACAAUGUGCUCCUCAUCGCACUCUGCACGCUUUACGCCUUCAAGACUCGCAAGUGCCCCGAAAACUUCAAUGAGGCCAAGUUCAUUGGCUUCACCAUGUACACCACCUGCAUCAUCUGGCUGGCAUUCCUGCCCAUCUUCUACGUCACCUCCAGUGACUACCGGAUGAAGAAACAAAGACUCAGGGAGGUUCAAUCCCUUGCCCAAGGUCACUCAGCUUUGGAGUGCAGAGCAGGGUCUGAACUGCAGGAAAAUUGAGGUGAAAGCCCCGGCAAAGGUCCCUUCCCCAGGACAGAGGUGUGGUGGCACAGUGCUGGGGGCCAGGGACAGUGGGCUUGGCUGCUCUGCUUGCACCUGCUGGGCCACCUGCUUGGGUGGAGGAGGUCAGGGCUGGGGGGGGACUCUGCUCUGACUCAGCCUGCAUUUGCAUAUGAUUUGCAUUUGCAUGCCAAUCAUAGGCAGCUAAGGACUUACCUGGGACACACAACAUACCCACACAUGCAUGGACACACACACUUGUACACACACACUAGCCACGUGUAUGCAUGCACAUACACAUAUCCUACAUACACACAUUCCCUGGCACAACUGGCACACAUACACUCUUCUUCCUGCCAACAAAUGAAUCCAUAGCCAUGCACCCUACACUCACACACACAUACACUCAUGCAGAUGCCUGCAGAAAUUCACCACCCACAUACAUGCACCUACACAGAUACACACACACACCUACAUGCAUGCACUCCAUACCUGCCCCCCUCUCAAGUGCACACCCUCUUGUGCAUACACGCACCCCUGCAUGUUCUCCCCUUCAGCUGGGACUCUGGUCUCCCUGGGAAAAUGGUCUGGGUCUGAUGCUGAGACUGUGCCCAACUUUUCUAGCAAUGCUUUGGGACCUGGCAAAUGGAUCAUAGCCCAGUGUUGGAUGCUUAGUCUCCCCCACUUCCUCCCCAACAGCCCAGGUGGGGGGUCCUGGGGUCAGGCCCGGGUCUUGACCUGUGCCUGCCCACUCACCCA